AUGGCCAAAUAUAUAUCACCACUAAACUUUAUUAAUGAAUUUGACGCUUUUUUAAAACACGAUUUACCAGCGAUCAAUGAUGUUAGACCAUAUCUAAAUAGCACAGCUUCCAAUAAUAUUACCUUCGCUAAUAAUUUCACAAAUGUACAUGAUUCUAAGGAUGAUCAGCUACAAUAUUGGAAAUGGAAUGGCUCGAUACUUCUAAUACGAACAAGCCAUUCGACGGAAAAUUCAUACCGUUAUUUAACAAAUUCUGUGGAUCUACGUGAUAUUUAUAUUAACGUCCCUUCUCAAAGCUAUAGAAAAAUUAAGUUAUUAGAGAUAUUUGACGUGAAAUAUAAUCCUUCAAGAAAUAGUGAGAUUCAAGAAUUGGUUGAGAUAGGUUCUACAUUUAAAGUUUUACCAUGUUUUAAGAAUGACCCAACUUUCAAACCCCACUAUAACGUGAAGUCUCAUGAAUUAAGGAGGUUUGAUUUACAGGCAUGUAAUUUUUUGAAUAUUGUUCAAAAGAUUGUAUUAUACUGUAAUAAUUCUUGUGAUAUUAUAGAAGACAACAAGAAAUGCCCUAAAUGCGAAUUAGCUAAAAAAUUUAUUCACUCAACUUUCAAUUUAGGAGGGUUCAAUGCUAUCCCGGAAAUUUUCAUACUGGAACAUGAUUACGAACCCACCUUUUUACCGCUACAAAACUAUAAGUUGAAUAGAAAUCUUAUCCACCGUGAACAAAUUGAAAUGACACAAAUGACACAUGCCACACCUGUGGAUAAUUCUAUAUUUGUGGGAAACUCAUACGAUUUGGAUGGCAUUCAUUAUUCUCCAACUACAGACAAUUAUCCAUAUUAUAAUAUUGAAUAUAGUACUAUAUUUGAAAAAAUGCAAUUAAGUGAAAAAAAUAAAAGCAUAACAAUAGGGGAAUCAGAUAUCCAUUGGGAUAUUACUAUUGAAUGCACAGUUGCAAAUCAGCAGGAACAGAAUAAUAGUAACAUACUAGAUUCUGAAUUUGACGAAACUAAGAGCAAGCUUAAGUUCCCAGGCGCAGGCUCAUUUACUUUAGGUGGAUUAAAUAAAACACGCAUUGAAAACAUUCUAAAGUAUUGCCAAUUUUUGUACAUUAGCAAUAUGUCAAAUAAAAAGAUAUUAGUUUACUGUAGAGAUGGGUAUACUGAGUCAUCCUUUUUAAUUAUAGCAUUUCUGAUUUUUAAAUAUUCUUUAUCAUUAACACGAGCUAUAUUAACAUUGCAUGACCUGAAUAGACAGCUUUUCCUUUAUCCUGGUGAUAUUCAAGUAUUAGGCCACAUUGAACCUAUUUUACAUGACAAUUCCCCAUUAAAUCAAAAACAGCAACUAAUUGAUAUCAACGCUGAUAAUAACCUGGCAACUAAACUGAAUAUUGAGAUUUCAUCUAACAAUUUUACUGAAAUAUUUUUAACAAAAUUACCAAGUAACUAUGCCCGAUUAAUGAAUAUUAAAGGACCUUUGCCAUCGAAAAUAUUACCCUUUUUAUAUCUUGGUUCGUUACAUAAUAUUAUUUAUCCGGAUAUUUUACGUUCAUUAAAUAUUACACAUUUAAUCAACAUUGGGUCUUUGCCGCCUUGGCUAAAUCGUACGAAUAAAAAUACUAACAAACAAAAAUAUACUACUUCUAUUGAAAGUUAUGAACAGUAUAAUAUUAAAAUAUUAUGCUUACAUGACUUAUUAGAUAAUGGAGAAAUGAGCAUUACCGGUUAUUUUGACCAAUUAAUUGAAUUUAUAAAUACUUGCAAGAGAGAUUCUGGCAGGAUUAUCAUUCAAUGUGAUAUGGGAGUAUCAAGGUCUGUGACAAUUAUCCUUGCAUAUUUAAUUAAACAAUAUAAAAUUAGUUUGAUUAAAUCUUAUUUAUACUUACGUUGCCGCAGACUUAAUAUUAUCAUUCAACCUAGCAUAUUAUUCAUGUAUGAGCUAUUAAAGUGGGAACACUUAUGCUUAAAUGAAAACAAAACUAUAGAUUGCAAAACUAAAAGGAGCAAUGAUUGGUUUUCAUUGUGUAUGGAAAUCAGCCACUUGAAUAAGAUAUAUUCAGCAUGA